GCACGCGCAGUCAUAAAGUGGAGGCUCGCGCGUCAGGUGCGCGCCAGUGUUGUGAACUACGGAACAUUAUGUGUAUGUGUUAGUCUUCGAUCGUUGGAAUCAUGAGGCUGUCACUGCACAUCGCAGUGGUCCUCCUGUCGGUGUACCACACCUGCAGGGCCGACAGAGAAGUGAGGGCAAUCCUCUCGGACUCUAGUCAAAAUUAUGCCGUCCUUGGAGCCCCCAUAAGCGCGGACCUCAACGAGGACGGGUACUUCUACCCGAAACCGGAUAUACCGUUCCCGCCGCCUCCACCGCCGUCGCGGCCAACGCCGCCUCCCCCUCCGCCGCCGACACGGCCACCGCCGCCACCGCCACCGCCACCAACCCGGCCACCGCCGCCACCGCCACCAACCCGGCCACCGCCACCACCGCCUCCGCCACCAACCCGGCCACCGCCGCCACCGCCACCACCGCCAACAAGGCCGCCAGCACCACCUCAGACAACUGGCUACGUAUACGAAACCCCAAAGAUACCGUUUGAGCUACCGACUAGGCCGCCACCGCCACCGCCGUCGCCGAGACCGACACUCCCUCCCACUCCACCUCCGACACGACCACCACCUUCGUCUCUACCGCCGAUAUACAUACCUUCAACUAGAAGACCAGUCCCGCCGCCGGUAUCCACGCUGCCACCUCGGCCACCAACGUUUAUCACACAACAGCCUUCCACCAUAGGCUAUGUGUACACAACGCCUAGAGUACCGUUCCCUCCAUCGACAACGAGGGUACCUCCACCACCGCCACCGCCGCCGCCAACGCGACUGCCACCACCACCUCCACCGCCACCAACGCGACCCCCACCACCACCGCCGCCACCACCGACAUUCCGUCCCGUUACAAGGCCACCACCAACGCGCCCUCCGCCACCACCAACCCCUGCGCCGACCAGACCACCCACAUAUAGCACAAUUAUAGACAACUUUAGAACAACUGGCUACACGUACCCUACUCCCAACAUUCCAUUCACACUCCCUACUCGGCCGCCUCCAUCGCCUUCUACUACGAGAGCUCCGCCUCCGCCACCGCCGCCGCCAAGUACUCCUAAGCCGUUCCCACCAGUUACCUAUCUACCUCCGACUAAAGCAACUCCCGCACCUUUCCCCUCAUCUACGUACUUCCCAUCUACUAGAAUACCAUCUCCCUCUACCUCUAGACCAUUUAUAACAUACCAGCCAACAACAAGACGUCCGCCAUCACCAACGCCGCCACCGACUUACCUCCCUCCAACCACCAGAAGGCCACCAUCGCCUUUGCCAUCUCCAUCUACUCCUAGACCUUUUGUGACAUACCAACCAACAACAAGACGUCCGCCUUCUCCAACACCGCCACCGACUUACCUCCCCCCUACUACGAGAAGGCCAUCAUCGCCUUUCCCUUCUCCAUUCCCAUCGCCUUCUACUCCUAGACCAAUUGUGACGUAUCAACCAACGACAAGGCGGCCGUCACCUACUCCUCCAUCAACUUACCUGCCCCCAACUACAAGAAGGCCGUCGCCACCUCCGACUCCACCGCCAACCUAUCUUCCCCCUACUAGGCCACCACCCCCACCUUCAACUACAAGAGCGCCACCACCACCCCCGCCAACCAGGCCACCUACACCGCCACCGACUCGCCCUCCUCCUCCACCAACUUUCUCCACUAUAAUCCCUGCAGAAAGGACCACUGGCUACGAUUAUCCUAAGCCUAAGGUGCCUUUCCCUUUCCCAACCACGCAGAAAGUCUAUACGAUUCCACCCACAACACCAAAGCCCCAGACAGCUCCUCCUACUUACUUACCGCCAGUAAGUACGCAGAGGACGCCACCACCUUCUUCUUACUUCCCCUUUAUACCGUCUUCCACUCCAGCACCGACCAGGCGUCCCAUAUACGUAGCGCCUCAAACUACUCGGCAGCCCGUCUUCAGUCAGACUCAGCCGCCGAUCGUCAUCGCACCGAAGCCGACGACAGCCCGACCUUACUCUCCACCGGCGUACAUCCCCCCUGUGACAACGCCGAGACCGAUCUACGUACCGUCUGUUACCACCCCUAGGCCAGUUUACACGAUCCAACCUUCGCAGCCUACAGUCUAUAUUACGACGAGGCAGCCAUACACACCGGCGCCUUCUCUACCAACAUUCUUAAUCCCUCAGACGACUAAGCGACCAGUGUACAUUCCUCCUCAAACGACGGAAAGGCCGUAUUCUCCCCAGCCCUCUCAACCGCCAGUAUAUACCGUGUCGACCACUAAACGCCCUUAUAUUUACGUGCCUCAAGUGCCAUCCAAGACCCCAGCUCCGUACACAACACGACCGCCCUUCGUUAAAGACGAAGGUUACUUCUACGAUAAACCAGCUGUUCCAUUUGUAUUUUAAUUCUAGCUUAAAUGUCGGUUGCGCCAACUUUUCGUGUCACCUGUAGAAAUGCAUUUAUAUAUUUUUUAUUUUAUUUGAUAAAUAGGAAUUUAUUAUAAAGGCAUUACCUAUGUAUUUUAAAAUGUAUUUAUAUAAACACAGCAUUACAAGUAAACGCAUACAUAAUAUUUAUAAUAUUAUUUUUAACUAUUAAUCAUGAUUAUUAAUUUAUUUUUGUAUCACAUUUGUUCAAAUGUGAUACAAAACAUUGAGUCAUUAUUUAUUAUUAAAAGUGUUCACUUUUAAUAAUAAAUAAUGACUCAAUGUUUAUAAUAAAAUGAUAUUUAUUGUAAUCGUUUAAUUAAUAAACUAUUUCUUAAUUCAAAAUUGGUUGCAACCGAAAGUAUAAACGGUAUAUAUUCUAGUUGCCAUAAAAUUGUGAUACCAAACUAUUGUACUAAACGUAUAACAGGGUUUUACAAUGUACUACGUUUGGAAUGUACUUACUUAUAUAAGCGUUCCACCAUUUUGUGGUUACCGAUGCACUAGUGUUAAUUAUUUUAGAGAAACUUAACUUUAAUACUCAAAAAACGCAAGACGUGGAAUCAACACUGCCUUUGACUAAUGUUACGGUAUAAGAAUGUAAAAUAUUUUUAUAAAAAUAAAAAAAAUAUAUUAAACA